UAUUACCAGAAUUCAAUAUAAAAUAUUGUUUACUGAAAAUCAUUGCACGCUCGAAAUAGAAUGCAGAACAAAAAUGCCCGGCAGAAAAAUGGUGCAAAAGAAUCAAUGGAGGUCUAUUGUCGAGUUAGACCAGUGUUUAGUCAAAAUAUUGAAUUAUGUUUGAAAGUUGAACCACCAUCUGCUGUCAUCCUGACCCCUCCGUCUUCUUACUUAAACCUGAGAAAUGCACCUACUAAAGAAAUGCAUUAUACUUUUAAAAAAGCAUUUCAAGAACAAGUCAAUCAGAAAGAAGUAUUUGAGUCAGUGGCCCUGCCUUUGAUAGAAAAUCUAUUAAAUGCAAAAAAUGGUUUGCUAUUUACCUAUGGAGUUACUGGCAGUGGAAAAACUCAUACCAUGAUUGGUUCUGGAAAGCAUGAUGGUAUUAUGCCACGAUGUAUUGAUACAAUUUUUAACAGUAUUGGCAUGUAUAAAACUAAUAAAUAUAUAUUUAAGCCUGAUAAAUUAAAUGGUUUUGACAUACAGAGUGAAAGCGAGGCUAUAAAUGAAAUGCAGCAAGAAAUUAUUUGUCAAACACAUGCUAAAAUCAAGAAUCCCAAACUGGAAAGGAAUUUUGACCAAAAUUUGUUUAAAAGGAUUCCUACGGAAACAAAGAUCACUAAUAUUGAUGUUGAUAAUGCAUAUGCUGUAUUUGUGACAUUUGUUGAAAUAUACAAUAAUAGUGUUUAUGAUCUACUUGAAGAAUGUCCUGAUGAUGGGCUUCGUCAAAGAGGUCCACAAAUUAAAAUUAUUCGAGAAGAUGCAGAUCACACCAUGUUUGUUCAUGGUGUGAAUGAAGUUGAAGUUUCUUCAGCUGAUGAAGCAUUUGAGGCAUUUUACAAGGGACAAAAAAGGAGGAGAAUAGCUCAUACCACCCUUAAUACUGAAUCAAGCCGAGCUCAUACCAUAUUUACUGUUCGAGUUGUGCAGGCUCCCAUUGAUCAGCACAGACGAAGUGUUAUUAAAGAUAAAAAAUAUUUACAAAUUGGCCAGUUAUCGCUUGUUGAUUUGGCAGGUAGUGAACGGACAAACAGGGCUAAGAACACUGGGCAGAGACUUAGAGAAGCUGGUAAUAUCAAUAAUUCUUUGAUGACCUUGAGGAACUGUUUAGAAUUACUCCGCCAAAAUCAGAAAGGUGCAAAUAAAAUGAUUCCUUACAGGGACUCAAGACUAACUCACUUAUUUAAAACCUACUUCGAAGGUGAGGGUCAAGUUUCUAUGUUAGUUUGUGUAAAUCCACAAGCUGAUGAUUAUGAUGAAAACCUGCAAGUAAUGAAAUUUGCUGAAAUAAGUCAAGAGGUUCAAAUAGCAUUUCCUUCCAUGGCACCUAGAGUUAAUUAUGAUUUUACUCCUGAAAGAAGGAGGGCUAAUAAUGCAUUAAAGAAAUUUGAAAUAGAAAAUGAUAAAGAUGAUCAAGAGGUUCCUCCUUCAGUCAAUGGGCUUAUGAAAAAACCUGUUGAAAUUUUUGCAGAUAUACCUUCAUUGCGUUAUGUCUCUAUGGGUGAUGAUUUAUCUGUCAAAAGAAUGAAAGAAUAUCUCGAAACCCAGUUGCAGUUAUAUAAUAACGUGACUGGAAACAUUAGGGAAAGGUAUCAUGAUUUUCGAGAAAUGAUUUCGAAGACUGAAGCUUUCAUGGCAUCUCAAGAAAUUGAAUCAAUGAAAUCUUUUUAUGGAAGAGAGAAUGAGAGGGGUAAUGUUUUAUCAACAACUGGACAGCGUUCAGAUUAAGUUCAGUGACGUUGAAAUUUUGAAACGAAAAUCCCUAUCAUCAUCACCCAUGAGGAGAAAUAAUGAUUUAGCAAACCAUGCUCAAAAUGCUUGUUCAGUAUAGCAUGGUAGGUCACUUCGUUUAAAAAAUGUCUUUUUGAAUUGUAAUUUUUAUUGAAAUAGAAAAUUGUUAUAAUUUUAAUUUUAGUGGUGGUAGGAUUUAUUAAUUUUAAUUUACUAACAAAAUAAAUGAAUUUUAAUCUAUUAUGAUCUAUGUAAUAAUUUAUUAUGAAUUAACUAAGUUUUUGCGAUAAAUAUAAAGUAAUGUGUAUAUGAAUUGUUUUUAAAUAUUUGAAAUGUCAUCGAUCUUUUAAUUAUUUAUUUUUAAAAAUUAUAAAUAAUUGUCAUUUUCUUACUUCAAAUUGAGAUAAGCAAAUUACAACCACAAUAAAUAUAAUCAUGAGCUAAGUAUUAAUGAUUAAUUAA